UUUAUUACAAAUCUUAUUUAAUUCUAAAAAAUAAAAAAAAAAUGAAUAAUCCAAAUUCCUCAACAGGAGAAACUAGUAUGACACUUGAUCAAUUAUUGGCUAAAAAUGGAAUAAAGGUUGCAGAUAAACAAUCAACUUCUACUUCUCAAGGAUCUCAUGUUAAUUUUUCUUUUACAGGACAAAAUGCUGGGAGAAACUUUGCACACCCUUCUGCUAAUUCUGGAAAUCAAGCUUCUUCAAGCGUUUGUAUUGCUGGAAUGAUUGAAUUGGCAAAUCGAACUAUCGUCGUCUUUCGCAACAAAACAUCAUCUACAGCUUCACAAAAUUAUUUUUCUGAAUGGAUUCUCAAAUCUUUUAAUUUACCUGAAAAAUCAAUUAAAGAUAUUUCGCAAAUAUCUACUGUUCAGGAUUAUUAUGUUGUUUUUAUUGUUUUGAGUGAUAAGAGGUCUUUAGAAAAUAUUUUGGCUAUUUAUCGUUCUACGACUUUUAAUGCAAAUCAAUUCAUAAUCAUUCCUGCAAGUGAAAUUCUGGUUGAAGGAACAAUUGAAAUGCGUCGACAACAGCAAAAACAAAAUGGAGGGAAAGUCUCUAAUGAAAGUGUACCUAAUUUAAACACUUGCUUAUUGUCAUUACUUGGUCACAAUUUACCUCAAACAAGUUCUGGCUCGUCUUCUCAAAAUGUAAAUCAAAAUAGGCAGCCACAACCUGGACAACUUGACAGCAACAGAAUAUUGUGGGAAAACAUCGCGGCAGCGGUAGAUCAGCUUCUUUUUAGGCUUGUUUUUAAAUUGGGGAAAUUUUCUUUGUUUUUGUUUUUUAGUUUAAUUCCUUUGUUUACUGGUAGGAAAAUUAUAAGUGAAAAGAAGGGUUCAAGCGAAAUGAAGGAAAACUAUUAUUGGGGUCUAACAAAAUUUUUUUGA